CGGGCCGGAGUCUGGACGGUCGAUAUCGUGGCUUUUAUAUAGAUACAACAACAACAAAAAUGACUUUGACCUCAAAACUUCGAUUAUUUGUUAAUAAUAUAAAUUCUAUUAUUCUGAAGAUAAGUGGAACACACCAAACACCAGGUUUACCUGCUCUUUGUGUGGUUGAAUGCCCCAGUCUCAGAGAUGAAAAGUACAGCUCUCCCUCCGACAUAUUGGCGAGCAUUUUUGAACCCAUCAUGCGGUGGGUCAAUCCAAGAAACCGUAGGACAGUAGAGCGUCGAUUAACAAGAAAAAACCUUCUUCCUCAGAUGAAAGAUGCAAGGCCGAAGAAGAACAUUAUCAUCUGCUUACACUGCGGGAGACCUCAUGAAAUUCAAACAUUAUGUGGAUACUGCUACAGCAAAGUGAGGGUGGAAACUAAGAAGCUCCAGGAACAGAACAAGAUGAUCAAAGACCAGCUUAAUAAGUUCAAGACAGAGGUGGCCUUCCUUUACAGAGGUGAAAACAAGAACGAUGUAAAGGACCAUAAGAAGAAAUAUUUUGUUGAAGUCGAUAGAGAACGACCUGAAUGGUUUGCAAAGGAACUUAUGGUGAAAUAUAAGGGUGAAAGCUGAAUGUGAAGUUUAAAAUGAUUUGGGAACGGGUAAAAAUAAUUGUCAAGAUUGGUUAUAAAUCUAUAAUUUGAUAAAUUUCAAGUUCAAUUUGCCAGAAAAAUUAUCGAUUAUCAUGUUUUUAAAAUAUGAUUGCACUUUUAUAAAUGCUAUAUGUGUUACAAUGUUAAGAGCAUGGUGCACUUUGUGAUAACUUGAGAUUUUACUUUUUCCUGAGUUAAUAAUAGAAUAUACAAAAUUCUUGAUCAAGUUUGUUUGUUAUUGAGUCACCUUUCUAUGUCAGCUCUGAACAAUUUGGGGUCUAAACCAUUGUCUUUUGAUUUAUAUAGAACCUUUAACCAAGCUAAGGUACAUAGUGGUCUUAAUUAAGUUAAUUCCUGUAUACCCUGUCCAGCGUUUAUCUACAGGUUUGACAACAGAUUUAGCAGUUGUGCCUUUAUCUGUCUAUCCGUCAACAUAACUGUAUUUUGCGUGGCAAUAAAGACAAUUUGCGCGUG